AUGCCGGUCACAGACAAGGGUGGUGAAUCUUAUGCGAGGCCAACGUCAGAUUUCAUUGUGAAUGGAAAGUGGAAGCUUGUACGAAAAAUCGGAAGCGGAUCUUUUGGUGAAAUUUUCCUCGGGGUUAAUGUUGAAACUGGUGAGGAGGUUGCAGUUAAGUUGGAGAAGGUAUCGGCCAGACAUCCACAGUUAUUGUUUGAGAGCAGAGUGUACCGGCUGCUUGUGGAUACACCCGGCCUUCCUCACAUCCAAUACUUCGGCCUUGAUGGUGUAAAUGAUGCUUACCAUGCUUUGGUCAUGGAUUUAUUAGGACCGAGCUUGGAAGAGCUUUUUAACUUCUGUGGUCGGUGCUUCACGAUGAAGACGGUUUUAAUGCUUGUUGAUCAGAUGCUCUGGCGUCUGGAAUUCAUUCACGCUCGUCACUUCAUUCAUCGGGACAUUAAACCAGACAAUUUCCUAAUGGGGAUCGGCAAGCACUGCAACAAGCUUUUCAUCAUUGACUUCGGCUUGGCUAAGAAGUUCCGAGAUGGGAGAACCCACCGACACAUCAGCUAUAAAGAGAAUAAGGCUCUAACAGGCACCGCCCGUUAUGCCAGUAUCAACGCCCAUGCUGGGAUCGAGCAGUCCCGUCGAGACGAUCUAGAGUCUCUAGGCUAUGUACUUAUGUAUUUCCUCUGUGGAUCUCUCCCUUGGCAAGGCCUUCGGGCGAACACAAAGAAACAGAAGUAUGAGCGCAUUCAUGAGAAGAAGGUAUCCACCUCGAUAGAGUCUCUGUGCCGUGGUUUCCCACCCGAAUUUGCGCUCUAUCUGACACAUGUGCGCAAUCUGAAUUUUGACGCUACUCCUGACUACACACUCUAUCGGAGCAACUUCCGUGCACUAUUUAAAGCUCUUGCUUUCAAUUGGGACUUUGUCUUCGACUGGACCUUACUCCGUCAGAAGGCCUCUGCAAUUCAACAACACUCCAAUGCAGUAACGCACGAUGUGACCGUUGUUGGUGGAGGGGGGGUUGCUGCUGGGCCUGCCAAAAUGCUGCCCUCCUCCAACACCACUGCUGCCGUCAUGGGCGACGACGGAUUCGGUACUGGAAAGCUCUAG